AUGCCACGACCCUCGCGGGACACUUACGGCGACCAGAAACCCCCGUACUCGUACAUUUCGCUCACGGCGAUGGCGAUCUGGUCCUCGCCGGACAAGAUGCUGCCACUGAGCGACAUCUACAAGUUCAUCACCGAUCGGUUCCCGUACUACCGCAAAAACACGCAGCGCUGGCAGAACUCGUUACGGCACAACCUUAGCUUCAACGACUGCUUCAUCAAGGUCCCUCGGCGACCGGAUCGGCCCGGGAAGGGUGCGUACUGGGCGCUGCACCCCCAGGCGUUCGAUAUGUUCGAAAACGGCAGCCUGCUGCGGCGCCGGAAGCGCUUCAAGCUGCACAAAACCGACAAGGACAUCCUGAACGAGGAGCUGGCCGCGCUGGCCAACAUCAAUCGCAUCUUUCUCGCCCAGAACUCGGCCGACGCCGGGUACUGUCCGGGGACGGCGGUGGCCACGGCCACCACCAUCCUCCCCGGCGAGCCUGGCGUUACGUUGCAUCCCGCGAGUAUGUUGCAUUCCCCGAAGUGCGACUCGCCGCUUCCGGCGCCUGGUCCGAUGUCCCCCACGGCGGCCAUUGCAGAAACGACGGCCACCAGGAAGCCGCUGCGCCCGAAGCGCUCGUUUACCAUCGAGAGCCUAAUCACGCCGGAACAGGACGAAAACGACGAGGAGGAGAUUGAGGUCCGCAUCGAACGGGAGGGAAGCCGAUCGCCACCCACCGCCAGUCCCUUCUCGCCACACCGGAGACCGAAGGGACCGAGUGUGGCCAACGAUCGCUUGCAGUUGCUUGACCCGGACCGGCUGCCAUCCUCGCUGCUGUCGCUGGCCAGCCAGCAUCAUCCGGCAUCGCACCUGCACCCUGUCCACCACCACCACCACCCGGCCUUCCACCAGCACGCGGGACCGGCUACGCUGCCACCGGUCACCUCCCUGCCGGGCGCCAACAUUCCGCCGUUCCUGCAGUACGCCCACCCGGCGCUGGCCGGGUACGAGCUGCCCUUCCACCCGCUCCUCAUGAUGGGCCCCCUGGGAGCGAUUCCUCCGCACUACUUUCACCACACCUCCUACCACAGUCUGGCGGCCGCGCAUCAUCACCAUCAUCUCCAGCAGCAGCAGCAGCAACAUCAUCAUCCGUUGCACCACGGAGAGGCGGGCGGCGGCGGCGGCGGGGAGUCCGGUUCUGGCGGCCGGUCACCCACCGGAUCGACCACCGGCCCUGACAGCCCGCGAUCCGGGGGCCCUACCGAUCUCAGUCGGCCCCUGGGACCGGCUCUACGCAGCGUUUGA